AUGACGACCAAUGCGUCAGAAUAUUCUGACUGCCUGAAUGAAUAUAUUACCGACCAAAUCUUGUACAUCGUAAUUUUUGUCAAUUUUUUCUUUCUGAAUGGCGUCAUUGGUUUACUUGGACUAGUGGUGAAUGUCAUUAAAAUAAUCGUCUUCUUAAAACUCGGCCUUCGAAACAGCACCAACAUCACCUUCUUUGUCCUCUCCGCCGCUGAUGCUGGCGUGGUGUUGAUGAUGCUGGCCCACAGCUUCUUGUUCAGCCCAAUGGUUUUGAAAGAGAUCAACUUCGGUGUGGCCAUGAACAUAAGUUACAACUGCUUGGGGUUUCCGUACGGCUUGUUCAGUCGAGUUGCCAGCUUGAUGACUGCAUCCAUCACAGUGGAGAGAUUCCUGUGCGUCACAUUCCCUUUAAAGGUGAAGUUAAUCCUGAAACCAAUCGUAGCAGUCGUCGAAUCUGUGACCGUCAUCUGUGUGGUAGUGGCCAUUUCAAUUCCAGCUUUUAUUUCCAACAGCCAAAGUCAAGUGUUUAUCGAAAACAUCGACCAGAUAAUACUAAAGCGGAAAGAAGCAGACUUGAGAGCAUUGCUAGAGAGUACCUCGUUCUUGUCACUGGCCAUCAUUCAGUUAAUAGCAAUAGGAGUGAUUACAUUUUUUAGUGUGGCACUGACGAGAAAAUUUCUUCAAAUAACCAAAUGGAGACACCAGGUGUCCAGCAAUAUCGUUACCAAGACGGUAAAAGAUAAGAGACUUGUGAAAAUGGUCAUUUUUAUCUCCGUUUCCUUCCUACUCUUGUCCAUUCCUACUCUCAUCUUUCUGUUCCUUGCUGUAUUCAAACAAGGAUUCAUUAUCGGCGGCCGUUGCAAUAAGCUAUACACAAUCAUGUGCUCCGCAAUCUUCCCAACAGACGGUCUCAAUUCACUGGUCAGCUUUUUUCUCUUUCUUCACAUGAGCUCAAAGUUUAAGAGCAUGACUAGACUCAUUUUUCAAGUGACCUGCAGCAAAGGCCAGCGUUCCCAGGCUGCAGUGCGCGAAGUGAAAGCGUGA